AUGUGUAGAGCUGAGGCACACCAGCUUUAUUCCAGAAAACCCAUAUUUGAUUCACUUGGUUUUCAACUAUUUGCAGUUCUUCAUGAGGAAAUUGAAUCAGAGGUAAAAGAUUUCUGGCCUAGAUACUGGGGUGGUGUUGUACUUCUUGAUCGCAGCAGGGACUUUUAUAAAGCUCUUGGUGGUGGAAAAUUACCCAAGGAGAACUUUAUAUCAGGAUUUUUGCUCAAUCCUAGAGCACUUUCUAAUUACAAGAGAUCAAAAACCAUGAACAUUGAGUACAAUUUUAAAGGUGAAGGUGAAAUAAAGGGUGGACUCUUUAUAAUAGGGAAUGGAAAGAGUGGCAUUGCUUAUCAGUUUAUUGAGAGAAAUUUUGGUGAUUGGGCACCAGUGGCUGAAGUUAUUGAAAUCUGUACUCAAAUGCAGAAGAUAUUUUACAAAUCUUGUGAAUAUGAUGCAGAACCAAGUAGAAGGUCAAAGGGAGUUUGUGCUACAUUGAGAAGUUUCUACUUGGAGCUAGACAUCAAUUAA